UUCGGGAGGGGGCACGGGAGCGAGAGUCCAGAGAGGGAGGCGGCGGCGGCGGCGGGGAGGAGGAGGAGGAGGAGGAGGAGCAGGCGCCGCCAUGGCCGCCGCUAUCACCGACAUGGCCGACCUGGAGGAGCUCUCCCGCCUGAGCCCUCUGCCCCCCGGCAGCCCCGGCCCGGCGGCGCGGGGUCGGGCUGAGCCGCCAGAGGAGGAGGAGGAGGAAGAGGAGGAGGAAGAAGAGGCGGAGGCCGAGGCGGUGGCGGCGCUGCUGCUGAACGGCGGCGGCGGCGGUGGGGGCGGUGGAGGCGGCGGCGGAGUGGGGGGCGGCGAGGCGGAGACGAUGUCGGAGCCGAGCCCCGAGAGCGCCAGCCAGGCCGGGGAGGAUGAGGACGAGGAGGAGGACGAGGAGGAGGAGGACGAGAGCAGCAGCAGCGGCGGGGGUGAGGAGGAGAGCAGCGCCGAGAGCCUGGUGGGCAGCAGCGGCGGGAGCAGCAGCGACGAGACGCGCUCGCUGAGCCCCGGUGCCGCCAGCAGCAGCAGCGGGGAUGGGGACGGCAAGGAGGGCCUGGAGGAGCCCAAGGGACCGCGGGGCAGCCAGGGCGGCGGCGGGGGCGGCAGCAGCAGCAGCAGCGUCGUUUCCAGCGGCGGAGAUGAGGGCUACGGGACCGGGGGAGGCGGAAGCAGCGCGACCUCCGGGGGCCGGCGAGGCAGCUUGGAGAUGUCGUCGGAUGGGGAACCCCUGAGCCGCAUGGACUCGGAGGACAGCAUAAGCAGUACUAUAAUGGAUGUAGACAGCACAAUUUCCAGUGGGCGUUCAACUCCAGCAAUGAUGAAUGGACAAGGAAGCACUACUUCUUCAAGCAAAAAUAUUGCCUAUAAUUGUUGUUGGGACCAGUGCCAGGCUUCCUUCAACUCUAGUCCAGAUCUGGCAGAUCACAUCCGUUCCAUACAUGUAGAUGGUCAGCGAGGAGGGGUAUUUGUUUGCUUAUGGAAAGGUUGUAAAGUAUAUAACACUCCGUCAACCAGUCAGAGUUGGUUACAGAGGCAUAUGCUGACACACAGUGGAGACAAACCUUUUAAGUGUGUUGUUGGUGGCUGCAAUGCCAGCUUUGCUUCUCAGGGAGGGCUAGCUCGCCAUGUACCCACACACUUCAGUCAGCAGAACUCCUCAAAAGUUUCUAGCCAGCCAAAGGCCAAAGAAGAAUCUCCUUCUAAAGCUGGAAUGAACAAAAGGAGGAAAUUAAAGAACAAAAGACGACGCUCAUUACCACGACCACAUGAUUUCUUCGAUGCACAAACACUGGAUGCGAUAAGACAUCGAGCCAUAUGCUUUAACCUCUCAGCUCAUAUAGAAAGUUUAGGGAAGGGACACAGUGUUGUUUUUCAUAGUACUGUAAUAGCUAAGAGAAAAGAGGAUUCUGGAAAGAUAAAACUUUUGCUUCAUUGGAUGCCUGAAGACAUUCUGCCUGACGUGUGGGUGAAUGAAAGUGAACGACAUCAGUUAAAAACUAAAGUAGUUCAUUUAUCAAAGCUACCCAAAGAUACUGCCUUGCUUUUGGACCCAAACAUAUACAGAACAAUGCCGCAGAAGAGGUUGAAGAGAACUCUGAUAAGAAAAGUGUUCAAUUUGUAUUUAAGCAAACAGUGAACGACAUUUGCAAUCAACUAAAAAUUCGUCUAUCGAAUUAGGGCUGAAAAUUUCUGUUAAAGAGUGUUGCAGUAUGUCUGGUGGCUCCCCUUUCAGGACUAGGGUUUUCUCAUGGAGUACAGUAUGUUAAUAUUUACCUAUAUAACUAAUCUGUUAACGGUUUUUGAAAAACCUUUAUUUCAAAUUAUUUGAAUAAUCCUCAUAUUUUCAUUUUAACCUAUAUAAGCCUCUAAUUUUUUUUUUCUGAGGAAAGCAUUUGGUUUAUGAGUUGUUUUUUCUUAACAUAAGAAAAACUGUAUUUUUUUUUUAAAGUAUCUUCAAACUGAAUCCUUUAUGCACCAAAGUUGGUUUUGAAAAGGAAAAUAAAAUCACUUUCUUGCUUGGUAAGCAAGAAGCCAUAUGGAUUUUUUUUUAACUUACAGAAAUGGAAAUAUGUGUAACUUGUUAGUAUUGUAUCAAACAAAUGUUGCAUAGAGAUAAUAGAACAUUGCUUGUAAAUAAUUCAGCAGAUUUGUAAUAUAUUUUUAUAUUAUGAAAUGUACUGUAGAUGUUUUUCUAGAGGCAUGAAAAGUUAAAUGUAUAUAUUAUGGGUAGAGAUAAUAUUGAAGGAUAUUGUAAUUCACUAGUGCUGCCAGAGGAAUUGUUAAUAAAGCACCUUCUUUAACAAUAAAUGUCUUUUGCAGACUUAAGGGACUAUGUACUACUGUUAAUAUCUGUAAGAACAAAACACAUUGAACAUCCUUCCAGAAAGUCUUUGGGGGAGGACCUAUACCCAUAAUAGAAUUAUGGCACUCAUUUCUGACAGUGACUGUGAAAUCAAUUAUUUCCUUACUGUUGGAAGGACAUAUUGUAAAGUAUGUGGUUAUAUGCAGUCAAACUGCAGAAAAUACUCCUGAUUAAGGAGUUUUCACUUUACUACAGUGAUAUAAAAACCAGCAGUUUCUACACUAAAAUUUUUUAAAGAAAGAAUAGACAAAAAUAUAGAAUUAAUAAGCCUUUUGGUUCCAAAAUGGGAAAGGUUCCAUGAUACAUAAGUCAUUUCUCAUUUACUUUAAAAAAUUUUAAAAAAAUAAUAAAAAUUAUGGGAGACUUUAUUCGUUAACAAUGGGGUAAAGAGCUAUAUACAUGAAGUGAGUCAUAUAAAAUUAAAUGAAGUGCAAAUAAAAGCACUGCUUCUAUAAGACAUUCUGGAAUGGUUGUUUAAUAAGGGUGUUAUUCAUAUGACUUGUAGCAAAUGUGAUUUUAUUUUUAAAAAGAAGAAAAGCAGUGUGUUUUCUUACUAUUUUUUUGUUUUCUUUUGCUUAAGCACUUCAUCAGUUGCUUUAUUCUGUAUCUACGAAGUAAUCUGCAGUCUCCUUUGUUCUUUUUAAAUUUUGAUUUGUUAUAAAAUUGCCAAAUAGAAGUGUUUCAGAUAUAUAGUUUGUACCUGUAUUUUUAUUUUAUUGCCUCAUGUUCUUGUAAGUCAUUCUUAAUUGACCGAUGAUUGUAGACCUUGCCUGAGUAUUUUUUCUAAUAAAACAAAGCAAAUCACA